UUUGUUCAAAACAGCAUCAGAAACUAGUGCGAACAGUACUGUAAGCGUAUUUUAGACGCAAGGUACGGAGACGUUUAAAUAUUCGCAAUAUUUGCUGAUUGUUCCAGUUUCUUAAGCUCUACGUGCACAUUUGUCACUUAUACACAAGAAUUAAGAACCGUUUUCAUCAAGUUACCAGUGGAAUAUGUCGGAGGUCAGCGGAAUUACUAAAGUUCCGACAUUCCGGUACGAAGACAAAGACUUCAACCUUGUCGUCACGACGGCUAACGGAUUAAAAUCCAGAUUUGAUUCGUUCCUCACAGAGAAAUGGCAAGAUGCAAGAGAAAACGGAAUAUUUUGGGUCGAUUUGAACAUUCCAAAAGAGAGAACUUUGCCAGGCAAUUACGGUUUCUUAGCCCAGCUGCAUCCGGAUAAAGGAAAAAAACGACGGAAGCUCCAAGUGAUCACGUCGAUGUUACAACCCUUCGAUUCCAGAGAAUUUAAUUUUACGAAUUUGCCAAAUGAAGAGAUCUUGUUUGACGUUGGCAAUGGAGAUGGGAAUGACAUCGUGGCUGUAAACGUCAGCCCUUCUGGAAUGUACCACAGCUUACUGAUCGUCGAGCGAUUUAAAUGCUUACCACAAAGAGCUACCAGGCAUAGUAUUGAAAAAGCUGUUGAUUUGAUGCUCCUGAGUAACUCGCCGUACUUCAGAAUAAUCUUCAACAGUUCAUGUGCGCACGCAUCUGUCAAUCACUUACACUGGCAUUUGUACUAUUUGAAACGUGACAUGCCGCUUGAAUCUAUCAAACUCAACCAUCUUCGAGGUCCUGUGUUUAUGCUGAAGGAAUUUCCAGCUAAAGGAUUUUGCUUGAAGUUGUCCUCGUUUUCGGAUCCCAACGCGAUCGGCGAUUUAGUUUCGUGGACGUACUUCAUCAUAGAUCGUCUCCACAAGUCCGAAAUCCCUUACAGUGUCUGUUUAACCAGAGCUAAGGAAAAUAUUGGCGAUAACGCUUAUGAGGAUGUUCGGGUUUAUAUUUGGGGACGAAAGCCUGGAACUAGGGUGACAAACCGCUUCGAUUUUGCGCCAUCUGUAUGCGAGUUUUUUGGACAUUUGAUAAUCACAAGUCGACAACUGUACGACGAAUUGACCGAAGAAUCGGUGGAUAAAAUUUUGAACGAUCUCACUUCGGAUAGCUUCUCGGCUGUGAGAGAUGAUGUGUUAGGAAUGGAUCUGAAUGGGAAGGAAUUGAUAAUGGCGCCGUGAAGAAAUUUACGUCGAGGCGAUGUUCCUGUAACAUUCCAUAAUAUUGAGCUGUAAAAUUCUUUAUAAUGUAUCUGCAAAAUCUGUUCAACAUCCAGGUACCCGCAAAAGCACCCCCUAAUUUACGUUUCAUUUGUAACGUUUCCGAACAUCCGAGUAACGGAAACUAUGUUUCAGCGACAUUUAGAUUGUAACAUUUCAUUUGUAGUAUACCUGUAAAAUCACGGUAAUAAAACAUAUUGUACGUUAGCGUAAUGCCACAUGAAAGGGUUUUUUUUGUAACGUUUUC